AUGCGUAAGAAACACGGCACUGACGCUACCAGCCUGGACCUGCCUGCCAAGUUCUGUGAGUACCACUGUACCAGUACCAGCCUGGACCUGCCCGCCAAGUUCUGUGAGUACCACUGUACCAGUACCAGCCUGGACCUGCCCGCCAAGUUCUGUGAGUACCACUGUACCAGUACCAGCCUGGACCUGCCUGCCAAGUUCUGUGAGUACCACUGUACCAGUACCAGCCUGGACCUGCCUGCCAAGUUCUCGCUGAUGGGGUUCUCGCGGGGCCUGAGCAGCCGUAGGGACAAGGCCCGCGCCCUGGCCUUCUGUCCCGCCCCUGCCGUGCCUGGGGCCCUUGCCUGGUCCCUCCUAGUCACUGACUACUCCCUGCACUCCCAGGUGGUGUGCACGGUGGGUGUCAGCCUGCGGUGGGUGGCGGUGGUGGAGGCGGCGACGGGUGCUGUGCUGCUCAGCGUCCCCACCAGAGCCGUGCUGGGCUGGACCUGCACACCCGGCGUAGGGUGA